AUGGCAUCAACAUCAAAUAAACAACCACUUACAGAAGAACAAAUUGUUAAUAUAUAUAAAAGUUUAAAAGAGAAUCAACAAUUAAUUAUGAAUAAACUCUCAGAAUUAGAAACAGAUGCUAGUGAACAUACUUUAGUUAUAAAUGCAGUUCAAGGUUUAGAGCCAGGUAGAAAAUGUUUUAGAAUGAUUGGUGGAGUUUUAACAGAAAGAACAGUUGGUGAUGUUUUACCACAAAUUAAACAAAAUAGAGAUGGUAUUAAAGAAGCUAUUAAGAAUUUAGAUAGACAACUUCAAGAAAAAACCAAAGAAUUAAACGAUUUUAUUGCAUUAUAUAAAAUUAAAGUUACACAAAAAUAA